GCCACGUUUGCGCCACCUACAGCCCGGGAGGGUGGGCGUCAUGGCGGCUUCUGGGCCGCUCCCGGUGACCCAGGACCUGUCCACGUUGCAUGCCAAGUUGCAGGGGCUGCUGCGGUUCCUGAGGGAAGCCCUGUCCAUUUCCAGUGCACAUACGGUGGACUUCUACACAGAGUCCGUGUGGGAGCAAGUGGUCGACUUGCCCCCGGAGACAGUGCUGGCGGUGCUGAGAUCGGCGGCGGAGGCGGAGGCCCAGCCCUCGGAGGCGCGCCUCCAGGUGGAAUCCGAGAGUGGAUCAGAUAUUACUGAUUUUCCAAAAAUAUUUUGUGAAACUUCCCAGAAGCUGGUGAGUGUGGAAGCCUUCGCUCUGGCUGCUAAAUAUUAUUCUGUACAAAACUUGGGAAUAUGUACUCCUUUUGAACAGUUGCUUGUAGCCCUUCGUGGAAAUCAAAAACAGAGAACUGAUGAAAAUGUGAAGCCAGAUGAGUUUAUGAAUUUGAAAAAAUCUCAUGAAGUUCAGGCAAUGUCAGAGCUCAUCAGCAGUGUUGCUGAUUACUGUGGAAUAAAGCAGAUAAUUGACCUGGGUUCUGGAAAAGGCUACCUAAGCUCCUUUUUGUCCUUGAAGUAUGGCUUAAAAGUUUAUGGAAUUGAUUCCUCAAAUACCAAUACUCAUGGAGCUGAGGAGAGAAACAGGAAACUGAAGAAACAUUGGAAAGUCUAUCACAGGCGGUCAAAAUUAGAUGUCAAUGGACUGGCAUUACAAAUGACAAAAGAAAGGAAAGUGCAAGAUGAAAUUAAAUUUAAAGCCGAUAUUGAGGGAGUAUGUAACAGCAGUACUGCAAAUCAAGAAAAGAUGUCGACCUCGGACUUUCUGCAAGAUUUUUCAGGCUCUGUAAUUUCUAACAUCAGAAAACAAAUGGAAAACCUACAUGUUUACUCAAAUCGAGAAGAAAAUUUGUGUUUUGAAAAUGCCUUUUCUCUUAGGGACCUUUUGCCUAUUAAUGCCAUAGAACCUACUUCUUCAUCCCAUAUACCCAAGAGAAAAAUGUCUGUAGCAAAUAAAGAGAGAAGAAAAAUGACAUCAAAGUCAAAUGAAUCCAAUAUAUAUUCACCUUUAACAUCUUUUAUCACUGCUGAUUCAGAACUACAUGAUAUUAUUAAAGAUCUGGAGGAUUGUUUGAUGGUAGGUCUGCAUACUUGUGGUGAUCUUGCUCCAAAUACUCUGCGAAUAUUUACUUCCAAGUCUGAAAUCAAGGGAGUUUGCAGUGUGGGUUGUUGCUACCACCUCUUAUCUGAAGAGUUUGAAAACCCACAUAAAGAAUGUACCCAAGAAAAGUGGGGAUUUCCAAUGUGCCACUAUUUAAAGGAAGAGAGAUGGUGCUGUGGCCGGAAUGCCAGAAUGUCAGCAUGUUUGGCACUGGAGCGCGUUGCAGUCGGCCAAGGGCUGCCUACUGAAUCACUCUUCUAUCGUGCCGUACUUCAGGAUAUUAUUAAAGAUUGUUAUGGCAUCACCAAAUGUGAUCGGCAUGUUGGUAAAAUUUAUUCCAAAUCCUCUUCCUUUCUGGAUUAUGUCAGAAAGUCUCUAAAGAAGCUUGGAUUAGAUGAGUCCAAGCUGCCAGAAAGAAUUAUAAUGGACUACUAUGAGAAGUACAAGCCUAGAAUGAAUGAGCUGGAGGCUUUUAAUAUGUUGAAAGUUGUUCUGGCUCCUUGCAUAGAGACAUUGAUUCUUCUGGAUCGGCUUUGCUACCUGAAAGAGCAGGAUGAUAUUGCGUGGUCUGCACUCGUGAAGUUGUUUGAUCCUGUGAAAUCUCCCAGAUGUUAUGCCAUUAUUGCACUGAAGAAGCAGCAGUGAUUUCAAUUGAAGCAAGGUUUCCUCAUAUGUGUCAAUUCCUGUGAGAAGCAGUGGCUGAUAUUCUGCCCACACUUCCACCGCCACCCAGGCGAGGAGUAAGAACAUCAUCUAGGUGGCUGCCAUGUGGAGAGCACAUGAACAGUACGUUACCAGGCCUACUUCCUUAUCUGCCUGCAAUUCUGGGCCGAAAUGACUCAAAGGCAGGAACCGUGAGAAACACCACUGAAUCUCCAGAUUCUGACAUGGAGCAUUGUUCAGUCUCACAUGUUUAAUUAAGGUUUAUUGAACCUUUAUAAUACAAAAUAUGUUAUAUAUCAUAAUUAUAUAUGGUAUAAGAUGAAAUAACCCAAAGCUUGUAAUAUUGCAGUGUUCUAAACUGAAGCAUAAAAGACGCUCUGAAUGGACCUCUCAGGCUGGACGACAGCCUAAGCAGUAAGUCUAUGAAAUGGGAAUACAGAGGGCAGAGCUAAACCAUUUCUGUGCCAGAGACCCCUUGGGCCCCUUCUCAAGCAAUGUUUUUUAACAUAUAGUAAAAUACAUCAUUUGACAAAGGAAGCAAAUCAUAUAGAGAUAGUUAACAACAGAGCUUUUAAAAAUGAUAAUUUAGUAAUAUGUGUGUUUAUUACUCAUUAAAUAACAAGAUCAAGUAGCAGUUCUAAAAACUACUAUGGGGACUUCCCCGGUUGUCCAGUGGUUAAGAAUCUGCCUUCCAAUGCAGGGGACGUGGGUUCGAUCCCUGGUCAGGGAACUAAGAUUCCACGUGCCACAGGGCAACUAAGCCCACAUGCCACAACUAGAGAGCCUACGUGCCGUAACUACAGAGCCCACGUGCUGUAACUACAGAGCCCACAUGCUCUGGAGCCCACUCAGUCACCACAACUAGAGAGAAGCCGGCACGCCAGAAUGAAGAGCCUGCGUGCUGUAAUGAAUGAUCCCAUAUACCGCAACUAAGACCCAACACAGCCAAAAACAAAUAAAUAAAUAUUUUAAAAUAAAUAAUAAAAACUACUAUGAUUUUGAAGUAACAAUAGAUGUGAGCAAUAUUUGAAGAUAUCGGCCAUAGCUGUAAUGUGACAUGAAAAUAUCUGCACCUUCUAUUGGCAAGAGCUUCAGGUACUGCCAGUCAUACUGAGGUUUUUUGUCCACGUUUAUAAUAGAAGGAAACACUGACUUUCAAUCAGAGGUUAGUUAAAAUAAAGAAAUAGGUUGUCUCCAAGAUCCACGAUCAUGGAUGCCCUGAAUUCUAUCUGUGGAUUCCCUGGGUUCAGUAUACCCUCUACCUGUAGAACACAGGAAAACAGACCACCUAAAAUAACAACGAUGAAUAGCAAUUCUUCCAUAUUUAGAGGAAUGAUAUCUCCCCAAAUCAGUGUAAGCCUCCACCUACACUAUAUGAUAAACAACUAUUUCAGGAGUACUUAGGUUUAUGAAGGAUAUCAGUAUUCCUUUAUAUAUUUAAAAUGUAAAAUUUUGUAAGGCUUACUAUAAAAUUAUAGUAAUCAAGAGUGUGAUAUUUGUUUAAAGACAGUUAAAUAGGUGAAUGGAACAAACUAAUGAGUUAAGAAAUAGGCCCACAUAUACAUAGGUGGUUGAUUUUCAACAGAGGUGUCAAAGCUAUUCAAGGGGGAAAACACUCAUUUCAACAAGUGGUGCUAACAAAUAAUUAGGUAUCAAAAUGAAAAAAAAAAUCUCAACCCUUACCACGUAUCACAUACAAAAGGUUACUUGAAAUGGAUUUUAGAUCUAAAUGUAAGAGAAAACUAAAAACCUAGAAUAGAAUGUAGGAGAAAAUACUUUAGUUAAGGAACGGUUCCUUAGGACACAAAAAAACAAACCAUAAGCAAAAAAAUCUGACAAAUUGGUCUUCAUCAAAUUUAAAAUGUCUGCUCUUGAAAAGACACUUAAGAAAAUGAAAAGCAGGAUACAGAUUGGUAAGAAAUAUUUGCAAAGCACGUUCCUGAUAAAGAGCUUAUCGGCAGAGUAUGUAAAUAUUAAAACAAAAACUCAGCAAAAAGAGAGGCAAAAGAUUUGCACAAAUAUUUCACCAAAGAAGAUAUGCAAACAGCAAUGAACACAUGUAAAACUAUUCAACAUGAUUAAUCAACAGGAAAAGAUGAAUUAAAAGGAGAUAAUCACUACACACCCAUUAGAAUGGCUAAAAUUAAAAGGAUUGAUAAUACUAACUGUUGGAGACAAUGUAGAACAACCCGAGCUUUAAAGAUUGCUGAUGGAGAUGCAAAUGAUACGGUUAUUUUGGAGAACAAAUUUUCGGAGAACAGAUUUUUAUAAAGUUAAACAUACCAUAUGACCCAACAAUUCCAUAGAUGUUUUCCUAGGAGAAAUGAAAACAGAGGUCCAUACAGCAAAUGUUAAUUGUUGCUUUAUCCAUAGUAGUCAAAAAUCCAUCAACAGCAGAAUAGAUAAAAAUAUUGUGGUACAUUCAUACAAUGGAAUACUUCUCAGCAACAGCUAGCAGUGAACUGCUGGUACCAGCAACAACAUGGAUGAAUUUCAAAAGCAUUACAGUAAGUGGCUAAGCAAAAUAAGUUAGACACCUGCUGUACAUGCUGUAUUUAUAUGUCAUUUGUACAACAUUCUAGAAAAGUCAAAACUGUAGAAACAGAAAACAGAUCAGUCACUGGUUGCCACUGGGCUGUGGGUGAAGGGAAGAAUUGCCUACAAAGGGGCAUAAGGGAACUUUCUGGGGUGAUGCAAAUAUCCCAUAUGUUAAUUUGGGUGGUGAACACACAACUUGCGUGUGUGUCAAAAUUUAUUGAACUGCACUUUAAAAGGGUGAAUAUUAUUGCAUGUGACUUGUAUCUCAAUAAAACCCGACUUUUAAAAAAUUCUAAAGUUUUAUCAAAGAGAAAUGAUAAAUGAUAUUUUGUUACUAGAGCUAAACUGUCAUGUUAAAGAAUCCAAAAUCAGGAUUUUCUACCCAAAAUGAAAGGCACUUGUCCAUACUCUAAAUACAGAGAGGAACAGAUGUAUUGGCUCAGUAUCUUAUUGGUUUUGUAUGCCAUUUGGAAAUUGGAUUGUUUUGACAAAUUACUUGCUAGCCAGGAAAAGCAUUAAGGGAUUAUUUGUCCACUGUGAUUUCAGAUUUUCCCUAAUGAUAAAAUCAUUUGAAAUAAGAGGGCAGCCAAAGUAGUUUUACUCAGGGAGAUAUUAUUUCAUACAUAGACAUGUCAGAAACAGCAUAAGCAAGAAAAGGAGAUUACUCCAAUUUUUAUUUUAACUUCAAGUGUUAUAAAUAACAGCAGCAAACAAUUUCAAUGCUAAAUAGCACAAAAUUCAGAUUUCCUUUUAAGAGCUUCUCAACUUAAAGACUUGAAAUCAUUUAUUAAUGUGGGUGUUGUAAACUUCACGUUGCAAUUUGAAUCUUUACUUCUCAAUCCAUUUUUUUAAUAAGUUUAUUUAUUUUACUUUUGGCUGUGUUGGGUCUUCAUUGCUGCGGGCAGGCUUUCUCUAGUUGCAGCAGGCGGGGGCUACUCUUCAUUGCAGUGCACGUGCUUCUCAUUGCGGUGGCUUCUCUGGUUGUGGAGCACAGGCUCUAGGUACAUGGACUUCAGUAGUUGCAGCACAUGGGCUCAGUAGUUGUGGCUAACGAGCUCUGGAGCACAGGCUCAGUAGUUGUGGCGCAUGGUCUUAGUUGCUCUGCGGCAUAUGGGAUCUUCCCAGACCAGGGAUCGAACCUGUGUCCGCUGCAUUGGCAGGCAGAUUCUUAACCAUUGUGCCACUAGGGAAGCCCUCAAUCCACCUUAAUACCUACUUUAAUGCUAUUUGAGGAUACCAUCAAAUUAUAUAUCGUUGAUUUUACUUGUUUAUGGGCUCUAAUGUCUUCCUACUGUUCUACAGAACGUUUUACUUUAAUACAAUUCUAUGUAUUUCAAGAAUUUCUUUGCAGAUAAGUGGUGUGUCCUUCAAUAAAGCAAAGAAAAACUUUAAAAUCUUCAUUAAAGCAAUCUUCUUCAUUUAUUUGUUCAUAGAACAUUAACAUUAUCUUCCUUAUCUAGAAGAGCUUUUUUCUCAACUACAGUUCAUAGGAUGAAGACCCACCACUUAUUUUAAAUGAGCUUCUGUGUAACUAUCAAAUUAAAUGAAUUAAUAUUUACCUUUAUGCUUUUUAAAAGUAUUGUCAUAACAUUGGUUGUUUUAAUGCACUAGCGGUAGAUAGUUUAGUUUAUUUUUAUAUUCUAUGUUUUUUUUUUUGCCAGAAAGACUAACUAAACUGCUAGAUUAGUGCAUAUUUUUAUAUUUUUCUGCAGAUAUACUUGAUCUCUGAGUAAUUAUUUGCUGUAUUCACAUGAGGUUUAUUCUUUUGUAUCUCUAGGUCUGCUGCCAUCUAACACACUAGCUGCUAGCCACGUGGGAUUAUUUAAAUCAGUUAAAAUGAAAUGAAAUAAAAUUAAAAAUUCAGUUCCGUGCUCACACCAGACAAAUUUCAUGUGCUCACCAGCCACAUGUGGUCCGUGGCUAUCCUAUGGAGCAUUCCCAUCAUCACAACAGUUCUAGUGAACGGCGCUGGUCCAGAUCAGGGUCAGAAAACUUUCUUCUCGUAGGGCCGGAUAGUAAAUAUUGUAGAGUUUAUGAGCCAACAGGCAAAACUGAGGUUACUGUUUAGGCACUUAUAAUAUAACCAUUUGAAAAGUAGAUUUAUUUUAAAAUGGAAAAAACCUUCUUAACUUGCAGGCGGUGAAAAGCAGGCAGUGGGCUGAAGUUGAGCCAUAGUUUGCCCAGCACUGGUGCCAGUCAUUCAGUCCUAUAUCCAUUAAGAACAUCUUUUUUGAACAGAUCUAUGUUUUAAGUGCUGGACUAAAUAUUAAGUUUAGCAUAGUGAACAAGAAACAUAGUCUCAGCUCUCAAGGAGUCCAGAACGUAACAGGAAAGGCACUACAACAAAAAUUACACAAUUAAUUAGUCAAUUAUUAUAAUUUAACAAAUAAAAUGAAGGAGGUAAACAGGAUUUUAUGAAAGCAAGUAACAGGGGAACCUAAACUGGUGUAAAAGAUUGAGUUGAUUCUAAAAAUUAUCUGCAGCUAACAUUAUAGUUUUAAUGUAUAGCAACUAUUUAGACUUUCCAGCUGACCCAUGUGAAGAAAGCACUGUAAAAAUUAAUAAAUCUAGAUAAUAUUUCUAAGUGGGCUGAUGUUCAAAUAUAUUAAUUCUUACAUACCAUCUGUUUUAUAUGUGAAUGAUAGAAAUUAUAUUUGCUAAUAUCACAUUUACUGAUGUUUGGUAUUUUAUUUUCCUCUACUAGCAUCUUUUAUUAGAAUAAAAGUGUAUAAAUUAAAUGCUUCCUUGUAACUAGAAAAACUUGCCAUGGACUAACUCCCCAAAUGGCCCCAAUUUUCUAUUAAUUCUUUAUAUCAAAAUUCAAAUUGAACCCGUUAAAGAAAAUAAUGUGGUGCAUAUAAACCUAGGCUACUUUGACAGAUAUUUUUUUAGAACAUAUGACUUCUUUUCAUUUAUGAGAACUCAGUAUACAUAAUCAGCACAACAAAACAAAAUAAAAAUAUCCACUAUACUGUCUUCCCGUAUAAUGGCAGUGUUUCUCAAGAUUAUAUUUGAUUUUCUGAGGUCUUUAUGGCACUUUGCAGCUCUUUUAAAUGUGGCCUUUUUUAUGGUGGUGUCAAGAGCUUGCUGUAAAUCUAAAUAUUUAAUCACUGAGCACGUGAGAGAGAGUUGAGUGAGCAGAAGCCAUUCUAAAUUGAGCACACACCUUGAAUGACAAAUAGGCCAAACUGAAAUUGUUUAUAGAUUAAAUCAUGUGCCUUAUAUCUGCUUUGUUUCAAUAAAUAAACCCCAAACUUAAAUGCAGCUGAUUAUACAUCAAGAUGAGGACAAAGGGGAUAAAAUAUUUCCUAAAACUCCAUUUUCAUGACAUGGAGUUUAAUUCUUCAAUUUCACUGAAAUUAACAGAUCCUGCUGACUCAGUUUUAAGCUGUUCUUUUAUGAUGACAAAUGAUGUACAGCAAGAAACUAGAAUUUGACCUUCCCUUCGCAGCUUCUUAGAACAGUGCAUAUUAGGAUAAUGCCAAGAAUAGUGGGGUUUAAAAACAAAUAUAAAAAUCGUGACUGAAUCCAUCAAGAAAAGAUUCCAUAUGUGACUCACUAGCUGCAGCGCUGCUUUUCUCUCACCUUUGCACAGUUUCAGCGCAGAGCUGCUCUGUUAUUCUGUAACGGACUUCAUGCAAAAAUUAAGGAUUCUGGCUCCCUCAAGGCAAAUGUCCUCAACUCAUGUUUACUGAGUAAGAAGAAGAGUCAUAUCUAUUUAACUCAGAGUGUUGAAGGCCUAGCACAGAAAUCAGGUCUUAAUGUCAUCGGGGAUGGAGUCAAAUUGACAACUGGCACACAUUUUCCUCGUGAACCAUGGAACUUCUAGGCACCCAAUGGUAAAUCUGUAGAUGAGCUCACCCUGUGCUUCCAUCUGAGGUUCCUUCAGUCUCCAGGAAGGAGCUUCGCUCUGGUUCACUACACAGCACCAUCACUGCUGAACCCGGUGCCCUUCUGCUGGUUCCCGUUUGCUUGAACUUUUGACACAGGAAUUGGUGCUGGUGCAGAGGUGGACGGGCAUCAUAAUCGGCUGCUGGAGUCAUAGGAGGUGAUGAAGUAGGAGGAAUCGGCCGUCUCAAAUCUGCUCCACCCUUCAUUUCUGUAUAGAAUCUGUGUCAGCUGGAUCCCGAUGUCCCAAUCCUGAUUCUUGAGAUCUCAACCAUAUCAAAACGUCUUUGGGCACAACUCAGGUUCUCUACUUGCAUUUCAAAUGUUCCACUGUUAUCAUCUAUCUCUGAGACCCUCCAUGUUUCCCUUUGAUUCCUCUAGCCCCAGAAGAGAGCUGAAAGAUUUGCUAGGAUCUCUUUCCCCCAGUAGAAGCUCUCUGGCUCAGCCAAGAUCAAUGCUCAGACCUUAAAGAAAAUGAUGGCCAACAGCUGCCAGCUUAUUUCAGGAAGUGAUUGUCCUCUUUCUGGAAUUUUUGUUUAUGCCAUUUCCUUACUUUGAUGUCUUUUAAAAUAUGUGCUUUUUUUUUGUAUUUUAUUUGCCCUUUUUUUGGUGGUUGCAGUAAAAGUGUUGGUUUGCUGUGACCUACUACAUCCUGCCCAAAAGCAGACCUAUUCAAGUUACUUUUAAGAUGCUGGUAUAUGUCUACUCGACCUCAUUAACACCUCUGUUCUGUACAGCAAAGGGGAAACCUGUGACAAGGUAGCUUCUUUGGUGAGGGGUUAGAAAUGAGUAUAAAAGUAUGCUUUAGGGCUUCCCUGGUGGCGCAGUGGUUGAGGGUCCGCCUGCCGAUGCAGGGGACGCGGGUUCGUGCCCCGGUCCGGGAGGAUCCCACGUGCCGCGGACCGGCUGGGCCCGGAGCCAUGGCCGCUGAGCCUGCGCGUCCGGAGCCUGUGCUCCGCAACGGGAGAGGCCACAGUAGUGAGAGGCCCGCGUACCACAAAAAAUAUAUAUAUAUGCUUCAUAGAGUCUGGAAACAAACUCUAAUCCUUUUCAUUGGUAUAUAUUUUAAAAGAUACAACGAAGAGACAUAAAACUUCAAAAAAAUCAAAAACACACAAAAGAGCCAAAGUUGGGCGUUGUCCAAUUACAGUGACCUAUCUUUUUUAACACAGGAAUUCCUAAUGUCUAUUUAAAUAUAAUUAAUAUAUUGUAUUAAUAUAUUUUAUUAUAUAUAUUUUUAUUAAAAGAAUGUUUAGGAACUCACUUCCCACACUCGUUUCUGUCCUUUCACACUUGGAGUAGCAGACUGUCAACUGAGGAAAAGAUGGAAGUAUGUUACCUGUGUUCACACAUUCCCACCUGUCCCCUGACAUAUACAUACACCACCCACACGUGCGUACACAGAUGGCACUAAUGGCAAGUAAAUUUUAUCAGCCUACCCCUAUUCUGUUGUUUGCUUAAAGGGCACAGAUUAAUACUCUUACCAGUUGUUCUGUGGGGUUUUUUUUCAA